AUGGUUCGGCAGUUUAUUGCCGACUACUGUAAUGGUCGAAGGCCAGAGCAGGCAGUUCUUCGGAUAAGCAUCAAUUCGAGGGAGCGCAAAAGAAUGCAUGACCUGAAUGAUGCGUUAGAUGAGCUGCGCCAGUGCCUUCCGUAUUCGCAUCGCUCCGGAUCCAGAAAAAUGUCCAAAAUCAACACACUGCUUCUGGCCAGCAACUGGUAA